ACCUUUGAUAUGAUUCCGAACGCGACGUGACAGAAUGCACAUGACUGUGGUCACAUCACAGUUGUGGCAACAUGAGUCGAUGGACUUCAAGUCGUCUCCUUUCAACUACACAUCGCGACACGGACUAGUACUCAAGUACUCAACGUUCAACGUUUAACGUCCACGUUCAGCAAUAAAUAUGCCCCCAAAACGCCGUCGCCCCGUAGAUUCCAAAACAAAUACGGCAGACCAGAUGGAAGGCAAGUUGGUCUUCAAAAGACCGAAACCAAGCUCGAACUCUCGCAUUUUUAUGGAAUCCCAUGCUACUCCGUCCAAGAAGCCAGUGCGUGGAGCUCGCAAUGCUGGUAAGCUAGCUCAGCUCAAGACUAUGCCUCUCGAGGUAUUCUAUGAGAUUACGUCCUGGCUCCAUCCUCUUGACCUUCUGAAACUCUCCCGCGUCUCGAAACACCUCCGCGAGAUGUUCAUGUCCAAACACUCUGAAGCACUAUGGGUAGCUGCUAGACGUAAUGUUUCCGGCGGUCUGCCUGACCCACCAAGUACCAUCAACGAAGCACAAUAUGCAGCACUUCUCUUUGAACAGAAUUGCCAGGCUUGCGGGGUCGGAAGGUCAAUCAAAGUAGAUUUUAGCUUCUUCGUACGAUUCUGUGGGGCUUGUUAUCAUGAGAAUGUUAUGAAUGGCAAGAAGCUCCUAAGACAAUUUAAAGGCCUAGAUCCUGUCAUUUUUUCAAUGAUGCCGUACGCCGCUAUGGAUAAUUACUACAUUGAAGAUCCCGUCCCCAAAACCAAGGACAACACAUCAUGCCUGCGAUAUUACAAACCCUACUUCGACGCCGUUGCAGAACGACUUCGACGCCUUCCUGCAGGUUCGGACGAAUUCGAAAUCUUCGUCAACGAAAUGCGCGCCGUAGCUGCAGAGAUGUUCAAGCGUAAUCAUGACAUGCACAUGUGGUUGGAUCGGGUUGCGCGAGAUAAAGAAAAUCAGGCCAAGAUCACAAAACGUGAGCGAGAAGCCAGCAUUAAGAAGAAGCUCAUCGAGAUGGGUUACACGGAGGCCGACUUCCCGCUCCACGAUUACUCUUGGGUGAAUAUCAUGAGACAACCUCGUGUUUUGACUCCUCGAAUUUGGACGCAGGUGAAACCUCAACUCGUCUCCUUGAUUGAACAGAAGAGAGUGCGAGACCACCAAGCCGCAAUUGUAGCAAGGUUGAAGACACUGACUAGACAGGUUAAGUCGCACUAUGAGAAGCAUAUUCUUGAAGUACCCGAGGACGAACGACCUUGGAUACUUCCGUUAGUGGACCUGUUGAAACUACGAGAAGUGGACAAUUUGCUCAAGCAGGACGAAUCAACAAUCAAUCUGACGGAGGAUAACUUUCGAUCCAUCAUGAACAUUGCUGAAUCGGAAGGGGAGAAAUUCAAGGCAACUACUGAAGCCAAACUACUUUCCCAAUUGAAGGAAAUUUAUCAUCUUCAUGAUGACGACAUCUUCUCCAUUCAAACUUCUGCCACAGAAAGCCGUGACAUUCAACUGCUACAUCGUGCUACGUCAGUGUUCGAGAGAGGCUCCUUUUCACGUUUGGAACAAGGCAGAGCACUGAAUUCCUUUGACGGACUCAUCGAGGCCUACGGUCGUCUCGAUUUGAGGUUCAAGAAUCGACCUCCAGUUGUCUCGGUCGAUGCUGUCAGGAUGGCGCAACUCAUCCUCAAGACUCUUGGACUACCAGAGGAUUUGCCUCUUAACGAAUUGCCAACAACGUUCUCAUGCGGCUGUGCUGACCCUUCGCUGUCCUAUCCCAUGGACUUCCAUCAACUUGUGCAACAUAUUCUGGAAGAAACGAAAUAUUACAACGAUAUUGUUUCCGAUGCAUCUUCGAAGGGCGAUCCUUCAUUCAGGCCGCAGAACAAUCAUGACUUGGAGACAGCUAAGAUGCCCUUCAUUCACAUUUGUGCUGACGGACCGAGGCCCGCUUUCGACUUUGGCCAGUGGCGUCCCGAAAAGACGAACAGGCGAACCUUGUAUUGUUUCCUAUGCGCCAAGUUCGUUGGUUCAUGGGAAGCUCAUAUACCGUCAUUCGAUUUCAUCACGGGGGAAGAAAAGCGUUUCAUACAUCAUGUGAAGACAAAGUACGUAUCGCACUCUUAUUGGAUAAUAGAUACUGAAUGGACCCUGGAUUCCACAGGCAUCUGAAGGAACCAGGCCCUGAUGAUCUGAUAAAUCCGCAGGAUCUGAGCAUGUACUUCAAGCAACUAACAUGAUGUUUGGUAGCUCUGAAUCAUUGCGAUGUAUCUUACGUAUGUCGAGAAGUUUCCCUCUAUACAAGCUCCAUGACUCUUAGACAUUCUUCUCCAUCCUGCGAACCCGCUAGGCCGGACUCGAAGAUAUGCAGACCAAAAAAAGUGGGCCAACAAGUACAACGAACACCCGUGUAAUUACCGUGAAUCGACGCUUGCGCGACACGCAUUUGACUCAAAUGCGCUACGUGUCUGAAUUGAUCCAGUGCGCCACCAUAGUAUUCGCAUUUAGAGUGGUAUGUACAUACGGGAAGACCUCUAGAGUAGAACAAGUCCUAUGCCCUAGGUCGUGAU